AUGAGUGAACCUAUUGACGUUACCAAAAUUACAACUUCUAGAAUACAAAUGGAUUACGGAAAGAAGGAAACAAAGACUACUAAGGAAUGUGAGAUUUAUCAAAAUCAUUUAAACGAAUAUAGGCAUGACACAAAGCAAACCUUUAGUGAUAGCAAAUUAAAUGAUGAUGCAUUAAUCUCAGCCACUAGAAUCAGGCUAUGGGAAGAUUAUUUUGCUUUCACAACCCUUCCAAUUUCUAUGCCUUUUAUCAUUUCCGUGCAUGGAUAUUUCGCGGUUAGUUUUAAUCGUCGUUCUCUAUGGUCGGCUGCAGACAACAAAGACCUGGCGGCGGAUGCGUUAGCUAGUCUAAAAGUUUCAUGGAAUAGAUAUUUAUUUGAAAUUGUCUUACCAAAGGCUUUGGCGAAAUUUCUUCGUAAAUUUUGCAAGGAUCUGUUGCAAAAUGUUGUAGAAAAUCCUAAUUUUGAGGAUCGUGUAUUCAAAGGACCUCCUUCAUUGUAUGAUAUUUGA